CAUUACGCUAGACUACUCUCAGCUGUAAGGACCGAGGAGAAGGAGGCAGACAGUGGACAUACAUACGUCCGCUGGAUCUGAUCACGGUUUUGUGUGUGUGUGUGGAAGAGUUCCCCGGGUCUGUGAUCCUGCAGCAGCGUCACAUGUCGGAUGAAAGAGUAAAGAAAUGAGCUUAUGCGUGCUGGAGGAGGAGACCUUCCAUCGCUGCUGUCAGCUCCUUCUGGAGCGCUCAGACCAGCUGAGAGACGGCUGGAGCUGGGAGCCUGUCCAGGGUUCACAGGAGGGCUACCUGAAGAAGACUGCUCUCAGGUCAGUCGUUAUUAAUUCAAGCUCAUUGUGGGACCGGGUUGGAACCGGUUCACACACUUCCUGUCGCUCCUGGCCUGAUCGGCAGCAACAGGAAAAGAAACAGUCUGGUCUUGUUGAUGCUGACAUCAUCAAAGGUGACACAGAUGAUGAUGGUGAUUAUGAAGAUGAUGGGGUCUGUACGGUCUCUGAAGGCAGCAGUCAGGUGCUUCAGUGCGAGUAUCACAUCCUGUACUCCUGCAGCUACUGUACUCCUGUGCUCUAUUUCAGAGCCUUCACUCUUGAGGGGAGGAGCCUGUCAUUAGAGGAGGUGUGGAGCUCCGUUCAUCCAAACCUUAGGCUUCCACUUCAGAACAGUCCUCUCAGCACAAUCACUCAGCAGGAGCAUCCCCUGCUGGGUCAGCCUUUCUUCAUGCUCCACCCCUGUAGAACAGAGGACUUCAUGAGGCCUGUGCUGAAGGCAGCUGAGGACCAAAACAGGACAGUGAACUAUGUGUUGCUGUGGCUCAGUGUGGUGGGUCCCCUAGUGGGUCUGGACAUCCCCCUGAAGUACUCCAUCCCGCAGCCUCAGUGAGCAGCUCCGAUCUAGACUGAGGGCUGCACCUGCUCUGCUUCUCUCUGCCUCAGCAUCGCUGUGGAGUCUCUCUCUCACUCUCUGCAUGGACACUUUAUUAUUAGCCAGGCAAACCCUGGCUCAGACCCUCAGAGGCCCUGAAGACCCAAGGUCGUCAGGCGUGGCAGUUGCUUAAUGUUAAUUAAAUAGCUAAUUUGUUUGGCGAUAUGCUGUAAAAACUGAAAUAGUAAUGAGGGCCUGAGGGAGCUUCUGCAUUUUCACCUGAUCUUGUGGCCUUUUAAUACUUUGUAAUAAAUAGUGUCACUAUUUCCAUACACACUGUCUCCAUCUGGAGUGUUUAAUAGGAUGGACAUGAAAGACAGCUAUGUUAGCAUGAUUCUAACUGCAUACAUCCUGUAUCUGUUGUAUUUAUACAAUGUAAACUGAAAACAUCUGAUAGUAAAUGAUUUUUGCAAUACCUGUGGUAUCUGUUUGUAUUAUACGUUGAGUAUAUAUAUCCAUUAUAUCUGAACAGGUUUGAAAUAAUGGUCUGACAGCUGCAGGAGCAUUACACAAACCAACUAAACUAGUCAGUCAUGGGGAAAUCAUUUUGUUCUUUCCUAUGUUUCACUGAUAGUGUUACAAUUUGUACAAAAUUGCUUUUGUCACUAACAGUUAGCAUGAUUAAGAAUAGUCAUUUAAGAGUUCAUUUCUAUGAAAUGUGAAAAUAGGACUGUUUUCUGUGGGAAAAAACAGAAUCCUCUUCCUGUUCUUUUGUGCUAUGAAGCCAUACAGCUAAUUUCAGCCCAGUCAAAAUCCAACCAAAACUUUAUUUCAACUUAAACUCAACAUGAAAAGGAAAUAAUUUGUUCACUGUUGUUAUAAUAAAACAUUUUGAGUUGC